GACCAUCUUGUAGACUCUUUAAUUUCAUCAACUUUCUUUACCUUCUCCCUCACCCUCUCUGCACCAAACUCAACAAAUGUCCAAACAAAUUGGCCUUUUGAUUUCAUCAUGUUCGAUGAUCACACUCCAUCACUGCUAAAUCACAAUCCCAGUUGGUAAUCAAUCUCUUAUCUUCAUGCAGGGCCCUUGGACUUGGAGGUAGAGGAGGAUCAAGGAGGGUUCAAUGGGGCAAGUUCUUUCUGACAUUAUUCAAUUUGCAUAUCAUAAUCUGCUCAGACUAGGUCAUAAUCUGCUACUUCCUCCCCCAAGUCCAACCUCAACAAAUGAAUCAAACACAAGUUCUUUUACUGCAUUACUACCAACACCACUCUGUUCAUCACCAAGCUCAGAUUCAUGUAGCGACUUGACCAAAAGUGGUUCAUCAGUUCAUCUAACUAGCCCGGAUUCAACCACAAGCACUGCAUUGCAACAUGUUGCACUGGGUCGUCAACCAUGCUUGAACUCAAAUAUAGACUACUCGCGCACAACUAGUGCAUUGCAUCAGAAUUCACAUGGUGACUUGGGCUCGGCUUGUGCUUUGCAGCAAGAAAGGCUUAUUUCUUCAGAAAGUUUGGAGUCACUGCGUGAAUUUCUGGCAUUAGAACUAACUAAGGUUUAUUCAAGCACAGACAUACUCGGCAAUUCAAGUACUUAUGUUCCGACAUUAGAUCCGCCUUUAGGUGUUGAUUUAAACAUUGAAGUUGUAGAAAAAAAGAGACAAGCUAUUCCAUCUCUCUCACAUGUAAACUCAAUAGAGCCAAGUGGAAAGGAAAGAGAGAGAGAGAGAGAAAGAGAAAGAGAAAGAGAAGAGAAGGUAAGUAAGGGAGUGGUGAAAAAAGAGAGAUGGAUAAAACAUUAUAGCAGUCAUCAAAAAAUUCUACUAGUGGGUGAAGGGGACUUCUCAUUUUCUGCUUGUUUGGCUGUGGCUUUUGGUUCUGCUAACAACAUGAUUGCAACUUCUCUUAAUUCUAAAGGGUAUUUGAGGAAAAAUUAUGAGAACGCGAGGUCCAACAUCGAAAAAUUAAGGAGCAGAGGGUGUAAGGUCAGGCAUGGUGUGGAUGCCACUAAAAUGUCUAACCAUGUGUUACUCCAGGCCAUGGAAUUCGAUCGCAUUAUUUUCAAUUUCCCUUUUGCUGGCUUUCUUAAAAAUGAAUCACGCAAGCCAGCGCUUCGGCGACACAAAAAACUAGUGCGCCAGUUUCUAGUGAAUGCCAAGAAAAUGAUCGCUGAAAAGGGAGAAAUUCAUAUUUCCCACAAAUCAAAUGGCUUCUUCUUGGAAUGGAAUGUGGAAUUCCUGGCAUCACAGGCAGGCCUUCGGCUUAUUGAAGCCGCGGAUUUUAAUGUGAAUGACUAUCCAGGCUACUGCACCAAAUAUGGGUUUGGAGGCGACACAAAUUUCAACUGCGACACAAAUUUCAACUGCAACCCCAGCAAAACUUACAAAUUUGGGCUUAAAAAACCAAAAAAAGAGAGACUCUACUACUACUACUAAUGUUGUAAAUUUCACUUAUUGCAUUGUUACUGUUAUUUUCAUACUUGUGCUUGCAGGGUGCUAGCUAUACAGUUACCAAAUGAUGUUAUCUGAUUUUUUUUUUUUUUUUUUUGGUUGUAAUCAACUUUUAUUGUGUGUAUACUGCUAUGAAUGAAUGUAAAGGUUUGUGUUUAAAAUUU